AUGUCUUCAAUCGACGAACUUCUCAAGCACCAAUCAUUCGAGGCCUUGACCCCGGAUCAAGUGUCCUCUUUCAUGACUCAUGGCUUUCUACGCCUGCCGGGAGCCAUCCCACUCGAGAACUGCGAUCGCUGGAUGAAAGACCUGUGGCCUCGUCUGGGAAUGGACCCGAAUGACAAGUCCACCUGGACAACGGAAUGGAACACCAUGUCCAAGCUCAACGUCGCUCCGGCCGCCGAGCUCGCCCCGACAGCCUGGGCCGCCAUCUGCGAGCUCUGCGGAGGGGAGGACCGGAUUGCCAAGGGCGGCGAGAUGUGGACCGACGGGUUCAUUGUGAAUCUGGGUAGUGUCGAGAACGAAGGGAAGAUGGUCAAACCCAAGGAUCUGCCUGGGUGGCAUGUGGAUGGCAACUUCUUUACACACUUCCUUGACAGCCCCGAGCAGGCGCUUCUUGUGAUCCCAUGUUGGUCUGAUGUCGAGGAGAACGCUGGGGCGACGGUCAUCUGCACCGAAGGACCCAAGCUCAUUGGAAAAUUGCUGUAUGAUCACCCAGAAGGGCUAAAUCCAAUGAUGGGCCCCCGUGAUAACCGGCUGGAUAUCGACCCAAACUUCUUCAACUCAAUCGUACAGGAUUCCCCAGAUGAUACCUUCUUCGAGAUGACGGGCAACAAGGGUGACGUUGUCCUUAUGCACCCCCUGAUGCUGCACAGCGCCAGCAAGAACAGCAGACGCCUCGCCCGGGUCAUCACCAACCCACCCGUCUCGCUGGCGGCACCCUUCCAAUUCAACCGCAAGGACCCGUCCGAGUACAGCCUCGUUGAGCUCAAGACCAUGCAGGACGUCGGCGGACCUGAAAAAUUCAAAGACUGGAAAAUCACCGGCGAGAGGGAAAUGUUUGCCCCGGAGCGGGUUCAGGGCCAGGAAAAGCGCAGAAAGGAGGAAAAUGCACGUCUGGCGAAGCUUGGGCUGAAGACGGGCGACGACUCGAUCAGUCAAAUGCCAUAUCUGAUGGUAGCUCAAGCCAAAAGGCAAGCCGGCGUUGUCUGA